AUGAGUGAAGCUCGGCUUUGCCAGUGCCUAGCAGGAGCGAAUCGGAGGAAACUCUUCUUGCCCUUAGAGAAGACCACACAGCCUCCGGAGCGUUCCCGGCUCUUCCUGCCUGCAAGUGGCUCAGGUUCUUCCAACUGCCGGCAGGCGGGGGACAGAGAAGGACGGUCUUUGUGUGCCGGCGGCGUCCCACCCGAACAAGGGCGUGCCGGGGAGCGUGGCUUUGGAGAGGCGGGGAGACGGACAAGUACGCGAGGAGAUGGAGUGAGGCGACUGCCUGCACCGCCCCGGCACCUGCUCUCCGCUGCUUGCAGUACGGGCGGCGCGCGCAGGGACAGAAAGAGGCGAGAGUCCACCUGUAAUUCCCCUAGAUCAAAGCGGGAGGCAGAGCUGAGCCCUGCGGAGAAAAGGGAGCGGGAGGGAGACCGGCAGUCUCCAGGACUAGCUCGGGAAUGGAGCCCUGCAGCUGAAAAGCGGCGGGGAAGUUUUUCUGCCUCCCUCCACCUUUCUGAUUCCUGCUGUACUCCUGCUUGGUCACAUGCAAAUACGACAAUGGAAUACGUGACCGCAGCCCGUGCCAGCAUGGCCUUCUCCUCUGUUUGCAUUGGAACACCUGCAGGACUACCAGCAGCAAGGUGGAUGGACUCGAUUACAAAAGCAGUGAGUGCACCACUGAGAGACCUUAAAGGCCAAGUUGAAGACAGAUCAUCCUGGAGAGAAUCUAUCUAUGUGGUCGCUAAGCGUCAAAACCGACUUGAUGGCACUUAAUCAAUCAAUAAAUAUACAGGCAAAGCAUGAGGUGAAGGGCUGCAGUCUCUGCUACCUCUCGUCAGAUCUCCACAGAAGCUCUGUAUCCCAGUUCCCUCUCUUUGUCUGUUCCAAACUGCGAACUGCUGUUUCUUCGUAUAAUACCUCCACACCUUACAUCAGUCCCUCUUCUAAGUUGAGAGAAGGAAAGCUACUUUCUGAUGGUGAACACUCAAGACAGACCUUCAGAUACAGGAGAACCUGGUUACUCAUGUGGGUUCCAUUCCUUGCCUACUACUGCGAGUAACGGAACUGCGAGUAACAAGGCAUUAUGGCUAUGGGGAAAGGGGGGUUAUGUUCCAGGGUGGAGGGGGGAAAAUUAAAUGGCCAAUAACUUACUGUGGCGUGCUCUGCGUGUCCCCCAUGUGCCAAAUUAAAUGGCUAAAAACUUACUGUGGUGUGCUCCACAUGUCCCCCAUGUGCCUAGGAAUACCUCCCAAAGAACGAAAUGCCUUGAAAAACUGUGGGGGAAAGUCCGAUUUUGAGAAGGAAAGAGCCACAAAAUGGCUUCUUUAGACAAAAUGGAGAGCACAAGUAACUUCUGCAGUCACUUCUGGCGCUCUAGGAACUGUGGAUAUGUGGGUUUUCCCCCCAUCAUAUCCGUGGAUACUGGAAACGGGUGUCUAGUAGACACCUCAUGGAUAUGCCUGGUGAGCCAGCGUGUUGUAGUUGUUAGAGUGCUGGACUAGGACCGGGGAGACCCGAGUUCAAAUCCCCAUUCAGCCAUGAAACUAGCUGGGUGACUCUGGGCCAGUCACUUCUCUCUCAGCCUAACCUACUUCACAGGGUUGUUGUGAGGAGAAACUCAAGUAUGUAGUACACCGCUCUGGGUUCUUUGGAGGAAGAGCGGGAUAUAAAUGUAAAAAUAAAUAAAUAAUUUUUUAAAAAACAACAACAACACGCAGAACUGCAAAUAGUGGUUCUGUGAAUAACUAGAUUCUCCUAUAUCUCCCAGCCAUCAGCUACCAUUAAGGAAACAUCACUCAAACACGUCCCUGGGCUCCUUACCAGUAAUCUCCCUAACAAAAGGAAUGCCUGGCCAGUAGGCAUAACAAUAUAUUUUCUCCAUCCUAUAUGCAUGAAAUGCUUGCUUGGAGCAAAUCCACUUUGCCAUUUCUGUUGUUCCUGUAGAAGAGGGUUGAGUGAAUUCCUGUUUUAUCGAAGCAGGAAAGACCAUAUACUGGGGUGUUUAUUUAUUUAUUUACAUACAUUAUUUACAUCCUGCCCUUCCUGUACAAUACAGCUUGGGGUGGCUCAUAAAAAUGGUAAAACAGUCAACAUGAUAAGACAUAUACAAUAUAGCAGGGGUUCUCAACCUGUGGAGCUCCAACAUAUUGUCGUUAUGUUGCCGAACUACAAUAUAGUAGUAAUAAAAUAAGUAAAAACAG